AAAACUACAAGAGCCAGACAGUAGUGCACACAGACAAAAUACUCCUCCUGCUCACAUGCACGCACACACUGGAACAGAUCCACAGAGCUGCACAGUAGUGAGGCAAUGGUGUGUGAUUGAGAGAGAGAGAGAGAGAGAGAGAGAGGGGGGGGGGGGGAGUGGAGAGGGAGAGAGAGAGAGAGAGAGAGAGAGAGAGAGAGAGAGCUAGCAUUUACUCUCCCUCUCUCCCCACUUGUGGAAAGCAGCAGUGUGGAGAAGUUGCAUGAGGCGUGUGGUUCCAACUGGACUUUUAUAUCGAACCAUGGUUGCCAAGAAGAAGAGGUAGAAGAACAAGACGAAGACAAAGAAACUCCCAGCUGGCUGAACGAGACCAGAGUUCAUCUGAGGGAUUACUGGACUCUUCCUCUAUGUGCUCGUGUCAUGGUGAUAUCCUCCAUGAGCGUCUCUCGUUGACAGGAGCCCGUCUGCUUUACCAACGAUCAAAGUGUGUUUACUGAGCCGAGGAGCGUGUGAAUGAAGUGUGUGACGGAAGCAGGAAACAUGUCGAACGGACGUUUCAGUCACCUGUUGAGGGGAGUCUGGAUGCUUUGGCAAGUUGUGUUUGUGGCUGGGACAGGGAGUAAACUAUGGGAGGUGCCCACAGCCUCCUUCACUUUCUCCUCCAACCUCAGUGAGAGCCUGUGGGAGCAGGACUGUCAGUACCGCCACCUACAGGACCGAGUCAGAAUCACAGCAGAUGUCCCCCCAAGACUGGACGGCACAUGGGUGUCAACAAGGUGUGAAGUUCGGCCCGGUCCAGAGUUCCUCACCCGCUCAUACACCUUCCAUCCCAGCCGUCACUUCCAGGCCCUGCAGCACUACUACACAGACAGCAGCUGCGAGGACCCGGCCUACUCCCUGAUGAUCAGGGGCAAGCUUCGUCUGCGCCAGGCCUCCUGGAUCACUCGCGGGGCCACCGAAGCUGAACACCACCUCAGCAAGGUGAGCAUCGUGGUCCACAGCCUGGCAGCCAAGCAGAGGCUGGCUACCAUGCUGCCUCCGACCUGCGUGGGUCUGACCCUGGGGCGAGUUGUGCCGGGGAAGCCAUAUGAGCUGUACAACACCCGGGCAGGGAGGGGAUGUCUGGAUGCGCUGGGCUUCUCCAUGAUGGAGAUGGGAAUGAUACGGGAGGAGACGCAGCACCACAGCAAUGGAGGGAAGGUCCAGGAGCUGCUCUUGGGGGACAUUCACACUGACUGGACACAGAGGACUCAGUACAGACCUACAGGGUACCAACAGCCACUGCAGAACGCCAUGCAUCAUAUACACCCCUGCCCUGUGUGCGCCCUGGUGUACCGCUCCUCAGAGCAGCGCCCCCCGGUGUUGCACCGGAGCCAGGCAGCUCCUUUGUCUCUGACCGGCCGCUGGGUCAGCCACCGCUGCGAAACCCGUCCCAAUGUCCUGUUCCUCACCCGAGACUUCACAUUCGAUCCUGAUCAGCACGCAUGGCAAGGUGUCUACCGGCACUACUCGGACCCCGUCUGCUCUCAGCCCACCUUCACCCUGAGAGCCUCGGGCCACUACGCUCAGGGAAACCCCUCCGCCAAGGUGUCAGGAGCCACUGAGUUCGUCUUCAAGGUCACCCAGGUGAGAGUCACAGCUCUAGAGGAGUCCACAGCAAAGUUACUGAAUGGGACGAGGUCCGGAAAGUGUGGUCAAGCGGGAGGUUGGGAGGUCGGUGUGGAGCAAGACUUGGCCCCUACUGAUGGGUGCACCCUGCUGGGCAUCAAGCUGCCACAUAAGGAGUACGAGCUCUUCAAGACGGAACUGGAUCACAGGAAACACCCGCUGCUGUUCAUCGGAGAGAGGCCGACUGACGGGUCCAGUCCAGACCGACCGCAGAGGAGGCCCAGUUCCUUUCAGGCUCCCAUGGAGCUUUGCAGUGGGGGGGAGACACAGCCAUCACGUCGCUAUGGCUCAGGUUUUAACAGUAAGCAAGUCCAGUUAGCAGUCAGUGGGACAGCGAGACUGGCUCAGCUGGUGUUACUGGUGCUGGGAUCUGUGCUGGGCAACUGGUUCUGUGUAUAUUAGGGACACUGUUCACAAAUCAAGUCUGUUGCGCAGCUGAAGUCAUUGAUGGACAAUGUUUUCUGGCAGGUUUAUUUCACUCUUCCUCCAUAUGAUGAUGACCAACAUGUGUGACGGUCAAGAAAAAUCAUGAGACACUCAGGAGAGCUGAAUAAGUUUUGAUAUUUGGCUUUCAGAUGCUGCCUGUAGGUUCACUUUAAUGACUCUAAACUACAGCUGCAUUUCUACCUUAAACUAAUCUGUAUAUAAACCACCAAUAUAUACAAAUGUCAUCAUGUCAGUAUGUAAAGAUAUAUUCUUUUAUACAGCUUCUUUUUGUAUAAGGAUCUCACAUCACACAUUUCUUGUCACACGAUUACUACGAAGCAAGGAUCACAGUGUUGAAAUGUUGAUUGGUUAUUUCCACACCAAACUGAAAGCCAUACACUUUCAGCAGACUUCACGACAGAGCUAACUUUCAUCCCAGAUGCAGCAUAGCUAGAGCAUUUUGUACAGAACAUAGUCUUCUCAACAUGCUGGAGAGAAAAGCUGGGACGUGGAAAAUGUGUAAUCAGCACUCUAAUAGCUGCCAUCCUCAUUGGUCCAAUGCCACUGUGGUGUGAAUUGUUGCUUGAUCUCUAUUCUCUGUAAAAGAAUAUGUAUUAGUCUGCUUUUCUAUCAGCAGUUGAUCUUGACAGUCUAAUGAAUAUUUAUUUUAACCAUUUAUACUGUACUUUUUAAAAAGAGAAAAGAUUUUUGGUCCAAUAUUUUUAGUUAGUUUUUCCAUUUAAGAAGUGAUUAUUUUGUAUGUGUAUUAAAAAUGGCUUUUC